CGAGUGGAUAGUGGAAUUCAAGAAGGAAGUGACAUUAGUAUCUACUAUGAUCCCAUGAUUUCUAAGCUGGUCACAUACGGUAAAACACGAGAAGAAGCCCUGAAGAAAAUGGAAGAAGCACUUGAUAAUUAUGUUAUCAGAGGUGUGACCCAUAACAUUCCUCUACUGAGAGAGAUCAUCGUCCACCCUCGGUUUGUGUCUGGUGAUAUCAGCACAAAGUUUCUCCCAGAGGUGUAUCCUGAUGGGUUCAAAGGUCACAUGUUAACAGCAGGAGAAAGACGGGAGCUGCUGGCUACGGCUGCGGCUCUUUAUGUAGCAGCACAGCUCCGAUCUCAGAAGUUCCUGGGAGAUCUGAGGGUGUCCAUUGUUCCUGCAGAGAGCAGACAGUGCGAGUUGUGUGUGGAACUUGAUCAAGGUGUUCACAUGCUGGGUGUGUCUCGGUCUGGAAACAACUAUACGGUGGAGAUAGAUGGAGAGAAGGUUGAAGUGUCUGGAGAAUGGAACUUGGCCUCAGCAUUGCUGCCCAUCACCAUCAACGGCAAACACAGGAAUCUCCAGUGUCUGUUGCGGACAGCAGCUGGAGAAAUCACCCUGCAGUAUCUGGGCACUUCAUUUAAGUUGCGUGUGCUGAGUAAACUGGCAGCAUAUCUCGGUAAGCACAUGCCAGAGAAGAUUCCAGAAGACACCAGUAGUAUCCUCCGCUCUCCCAUGCCAGGAUCUGUGGUGGCUGUGUCCGUUAAACCAGGAGAUAAUGUUUCAGAGGGACAGGAGAUUUGUGUGAUUGAAGCCAUGAAGAUGCAGAACAGCAUGACCGCAGCAAAGACUGCCAAGGUGAAGAGUGUGCACUGUAAAGCUGGAGAUACAGUCGGAGAGGGAGAUCUACUGGUGGAACUGGAGUAGCAGAUCACCUGCAGGUUCUGAAGAUCAUCAGUCGCUGUGGAUGAGCAAACAAAGACACUAGUAGAGUAGAUGGAACAUUCCACCAUUUGUUAAUUUUUUCCCUUUUUUUCAUUAUGACUAUAAUG